CGAGGCCGGGGCGCGGCGGGGCUGGGCGAGGCCGCGCCGAGGAUGGAGAGAGCCAUGGAGCAGCUCAACCGUCUGACGCGCUCGCUGCGCCGCGCGCGCACCGUGGAGCUGCCCGAGGAUAAUGAAACUGCUGUUUACACAUUGAUGCCAAUGGUUAUGGCAGAUCAACACAGGUCUGUUUCUGAGCUACUCUCAAAUUCAAAAUUUGAUGUCAAUUAUGCCUUUGGACGAGUGAAGAGAAGCUUGCUUCACAUCGCAGCAAACUGUGGGUCAGUUGAGUGCUUGGUGCUGCUGCUAAAGAAAGGAGCGGACCCUAACUACCAAGAUAUUUCCGGUUGCACACCCCUUCAUCUGGCUGCUAGAAAUGGACAGAAGAAAUGCAUGAGUAAAUUGUUGGAAUACAGUGCGGAUGUCAACAUCUGUAAUAAUGAAGGCCUCACAGCAAUACACUGGCUGGCUGUGAAUGGACGGACAGAACUACUUCAUGACCUUGUGCAACACGUCAGUGAUGUUGAUGUUGAGGAUGCAAUGGGGCAGACAGCAUUGCAUGUAGCCUGCCAAAAUGGCCACAAAACGACAGUGCAGUGCUUGCUAGACAGUGGUGCUGAUAUUAACAGGCCAAAUGUAUCAGGAGCCACUCCAUUGUACUUUGCUUGCAGUCAUGGUCAGAGAGAUACUGCUCAGAUUCUUCUGUUACGUGGCGCCAAGUAUUUGCCAGACAAGAAUGGAGUAACCCCUCUGGACUUAUGUGUGCAGGGUGGAUAUGGAGAGACUUGUGAAGUGUUAAUUCAGUAUCACCCUAGGCUCUUCCAGACUAUUAUACAAAUGACACAGAGCGAAGACCUCCGAGAAAACAUGUUACGGCAAGUUCUGGAGCAUUUGUCUCAGCAAAGUGAAAGCCAGUACCUCAAAAUCCUAACCAGCCUAGCUGAAGUUGCUACAACCAACGGCCACAAACUGCUUAGUUUGUCUAGCAGUUAUGAUGCUCAAAUGAAGAGCCUUUUAAGGAUUGUGAGGAUAUUUUGUCACGUCUUUCGGAUUGGUCCCUCCUCCCCCAGUAAUGGAAUCGACAUGGGCUACAAUGGGAAUAAAACUCCAAGAAGCCAAGUGUUCAAGCCUCUGGAAUUGCUUUGGCACUCCUUAGAUGAAUGGCUAGUUUUAAUAGCCACAGAACUGAUGAAAAACAAAAAGGACUCAGCGGAUAUCACUUCUAUUCUGCUGAAACAAAAAGGCCAGGAGCAGGAUGCUGCUUCCAUUCCUCCGUUUGAACCUGCAGGACCUGGGAUCUGUGAAAAGCUGCCGACUGGUACAGGGGAAUCUAAACCAGAUGCUCUUGCUGGGAAACAGGAAGCUGGUGCUGAUUACCAGGAUGUUAUUUCCAUGACAGCCAACCGGCUCAGUGCUGUCAUUCAAGCUUUUUAUAUGUGCUGCUCUUGUCAGAUGCCUCCAGGAAUGACUUCACCUCGCUUCAUUGAGUUUGUCUGCAAACAUGAUGAAGUUUUAAAAUGCUUUGUUAACAGAAAUCCCAAAAUUAUUUUUGAUCACUUUCACUUUCUCCUUGAAUGUCCUGAGUUGAUGUCCAGAUUCAUGCAUAUCAUAAAAGCACAGCCAUUUAAAGAUCGCUGUGAAUGGUUCUAUGAGCACUUGCACUCAGGACAGCCAGACUCGGACAUGGUGCACAGGCCAGUAAGUGAGAGUGACAUUCUCCUGGUUCACAGAGAUUCUAUUUUUAGGAGUAGCUGUGAAGUUGUGUCAAAAGCAAAUUGUGCAAAGCUAAAGCAGGGGAUUGCUGUCCGGUUCCAUGGAGAGGAAGGCAUGGGCCAAGGUGUUGUGCGUGAGUGGUUUGAUAUUCUGUCUAAUGAGAUAGUCAAUCCUGAUUAUGCGUUGUUUACCCAGUCAGCAGAUGGUACAACUUUUCAACCUAAUAGCAACUCCUAUGUCAAUCCCGAUCACUUGAACUAUUUCCGGUUUGCGGGACAGAUCCUGGGAUUAGCUUUGAACCACAGGCAGUUGGUCAAUAUUUAUUUCACACGAUCUUUCUACAAGCACAUUCUUGGUAUUCCUGUAAAUUACCAGGAUGUAGCAUCCAUUGAUCCAGAAUAUGCCAAAAAUUUGCAGUGGAUUUUAGAUAAUGAUAUUAGUGACCUGGGUCUAGAGCUCACUUUUUCUGUUGAAACUGAUGUUUUUGGAGCAAUGGAAGAGGUGCCUUUGAAACCUGGAGGUGGAAGUAUUCUUGUUACCCAAAAUAACAAAGCGGAGUAUGUCCAGCUUGUUACUGAACUUCGAAUGACAAGAGCCAUUCAGCCCCAGAUAAAUGCUUUUUUACAGGGCUUUCAUAUGUUCAUCCCACCUUCCCUCAUACAACUUUUUGAUGAAUAUGAAUUGGAGCUACUGCUUUCUGGCAUGCCAGAAAUUGAUGUGAGUGAUUGGAUAAAAAAUACAGAAUACACAAGUGGCUAUGAAAGAGAAGAUCCAGUUAUUCAGUGGUUUUGGGAAGUUGUGGAAGAUAUUACUCAGGAGGAGAGAGUUCUUCUCUUGCAGUUCGUUACUGGCAGUUCCAGGGUCCCACAUGGUGGCUUUGCCAACAUCAUGGGUGGCAGUGGACUGCAAAACUUCACAAUUGCUGCUGUGCCAUACGCCCCAAAUCUUUUACCAACUUCAAGCACCUGUGUUUUUAUUUUAAAGCAUCAACAUGCUCAAGUUACCUGAAUACCCAAGUAAAGAAAUCCUCAAGGACAGACUUCUGGUGGCACUCCACUGUGGCAGUUAUGGCUACACGAUGGCCUGAUGGAGUCUGGAGAAUUCAUCAGAUGCUGAUGCCCAGCUCAGAGUGGCAGGAGGGAUUUAGGACACUGUCAACAGAAAAGCAGCCGAAAUACAACCCAGGGGCAAGGCUAAUGUGUAAACUUCACAAAGGAUCAGGUUUUUUAUUUUUUUUUUCUCUUUCCCUGUUUUGCUUUUCUCUGUGACAGAACUAGAAAAUUUAGAAUCAUAGUAGACAUCAUUUUAAAAAUAUAAAGAUUUAAAGUAGUAGAAACUAUUUUUUAAAAAAAUAUUUCUUUAACCUUAUCCAAGAUUUUAUUCUUCAUGCCACCUCUGCUGUGACUCUGUGUUGUUAAAAGGGUAUUUUCUUGUAUAUCAAAUUACAUGAGGUCAUGUACCUAUCUUUUGCAUGUACAGUGCCAUUUAUAUUUUGGAAAAUUAUUGUAUAGAAUGGACUGAUUUAGAUUGUGUAUAAAGACACAAAUAUGUAUUUUCCCACAUUAUAUCUC